AUGGAUUCCAGAAGUGUUGCAGAAGGAUAUUCUGGCUCUGGCUCUAUAGAUCCUUUUGAUGAGAACCAAAAUACGCCCAUUAAUUCUGAAAGUAUCAUGCUGUUAGUCACAAUAAUCAUCUGCUGUAUUGGACUCCCAUUAAAUGGAAUUGUUAUCAAGCUACUUGGUUUCAAGAUUAAGAAAACCCCUUUCACUGUGUUGAUUCUUAAUUUAGCUAUUGCUGACUUUGGAUUCCUUCUAUCUAUGGCUAUUCUUUCCAUUUUUCUUUUUGCAAAUAAAUCAGACAUAACUCAGUUAUUCUUUUUUUCUUACUCCAAAAUCAUGUACAUUACUGGAGUGUUUCUUCUGACAGCCAUCAGCAUUGACCGGUGUGUUUCUGUCCUCUUCCCAAUCUGGCAUCGCUAUUCACGGCCAAAGUAUUUGUCCCCUCUUGUGUGUUCCUUCCUCUGGAUCUUCUCUUUCCUCCUGGUUGGAAUUCCAAACAUUAUGAAACCUGUAUUUCAAUAUGCAUUUAUCCAGGAUGUCUAUUUCCUGGUGACUGUUGUGCUUUCCUUUCCAUUGAUCACAAUCUCUGUUGUGAUCCUGAUCAUCAAAAUAUAUCUUAAACCUAAAAAGUUGAAACGGGGAAGACUUUUAGUAAUGAUCUUAAUUAUACUUCUCUGUUUCUUCAUUUUUUCUAUUCCUUUAUGGAUCUAUGCAUUCACUACACAUUUUCUUGACAUGAAUUAUUCGGAUAAAUUUCCUGAUUUGGAUAGCUAUUUUAAACUGUGUGCUUCUCUUAACAGCAGUUUUAACCCAGUGAUCUACUUUCUGGUUGGGAGAAAGAAACUAGGUCCAUCCUUGGAGAACACCAUGGUCAUUUUUCAAAGUGUCUUCAAGGAAGAUGAAGCUUUUGAAACCGGAUAG